UCAGGAACACUGGUCAAUGCUGGGCAUCACUGAGCCCCAGUCCCAGUCCCCCAGCUCUGAAUCUGAAGCCUCUCCCGUGCUGGAGGACCUCCGAGCAACUACACCUCCCGUCCUCAUCUUGUCCUCUUCUCUUUCACCUCCACGACCAACUUCCUCUUCCUCUUCUUUUCUCCUCACACCAUCAGCCCUGUCUUUCCUCAAAUCCCGCUCCCCUCUCCUGGCCACCGUUGCCUGUCUAAGUGCCAGUCCACGAGGUGCAGCCCGAGUACAGCCGUCCGGUUGGCUGGUGUUCCGGGGCGGGGGGCGUAAAGAGUGUGUGCUGGACGGGGAGCAGAUCUCCAGGGAGGGGAAAGCCUGCUUAGAGAUUUCCCCAUCCUGAGGGCCUACCUGGGGGCCAUGGUUCAGCCCGUCCUGGGUACUCCGCUGGGGGCUGGGGAGGAUGGAGCCGGUGGCGGAGAUGCUGGAGGUCUUGGGGCAGCCUUAUGUGGUAAGCCCCUGGUGGUUUUACUCCUGUCGGGCCCUCAGGGGACACCUGCCCAGGCUGUGGCUAUGGAAGCCUUCCAGCAGGCCCUGGCCUCUCGGGACCUGGGCAGGGCUCUGAGCCUGCUGGAGCUGUAUGGACAGGGCUGCAGCCAGGAGAGGGUGCUCCGAGACAGACUACUAGCCUGGGCUGCUCUGGAGGAUGGCGAAGACAGCAUAGGCCAGUUGUUCAGAGUACAGGACCCAUGUCUGAGGGCCCGUGUGGCCUUACAGGCCCUGGAGCGCUGGCCCCUCGGGCCCUCUCUGGAGCUGAUGGAGUUUUGCCUCAACAACCCCCACGUGGAGGCCUCUCUCAGGGGAGAGCUGGAGCUCAGGAAGACGGAGCUGGACAUCUAUCAACGGGUAACCAGAGACAUUUAA